CGGCUCUCCUCCAGGCUUUCUCUCUUGCUCCUCCUCCUCUUCCUCUCCUCCUCCUCCUCCUGCCCCCCGGGCUCACUGCCGGAACUUCACCUGCCACGGGUGCCCACCCCUGCCCACCCCUGCCCAUCCCUGCCCACUCUUGCCCACUCUUGCCCAUCCUCUGCCCACCCCACCAUUGGAGAGUCCCGGUGCCCGGCCUGUGCCCGCCCCGGUGUCCACCGCGGUGCCCAGCCUGGUGCCCGCCGGGAUGGGCCGGGGCCGCCGUCGUGCCCGCCUGCUGACCGUGCUGCUAUUCGGGGCGCUGCUGUCCGCCGACCUCUACUUCCACCUCUGGCCCCGGGUGCGGCAGCAGCGGAGGACUCAGGCAUCCCCAGUCCCCUGCCCCUGCCCUCCGGGGCCCCCCUCCGGACGCCCGAGGGCCCCCCCUCUGGUCCGCUCCAAGCUGCGCCUCCUCUUUGCCCACCCGCUGUACAGUGGGCCCCAGGGGCAGGGGUCCGGCCCAGUCUCCACCCAAGGGGCCGCCCCGGACCGGGGGGCGGCCGACCCCUUGCUGGCCACCCAGGAAGCCGUGCGCUACUACCGGAGGAAGCUGGCCCGCUGGAAUAGGCGCCACAGAAUGUACCGAGAGGAGCUGAACGUGACGUCCCCGGAGCCCCCGCUGCAGUUUCGCCUGGAGGCCAGCUGGCUUCAGUUCCACCUGGGCAUCGACCGGAACGGGCUCUACCCUCGGGCCGGCCCCGCCGUGGAUGCCCUCCUACGGGACAUGAGGCGGUUGAGCACCGUCAGCGCCGACUACAGUCAGGAUGAAAAGGCCCUGUUGGGAGCAUGUGACUGCAGCCAAAUUGUGAAACCCAGUGGCGUCCACCUGAAGCUGGUGCUGAGGUUCCAGGACUUUGGGAAAGCCAUGUUCAAGCCAAUGAGACAGCUGCGGGAGGAAGAGACGCCAGAAGACUUCUUCUACUUCAUCGACUUUCAGAGGCACAACGCAGAAAUCGCUGCAUUCCAUCUUGAUCGGAUUCUGGAUUUCCGCCGGGUGCCCCCAACGGUCGGGAGGUUGGUGAAUGUGACCAAGGAAAUCCUGGAAGUCACGAGGAAUGAGAUUCUGCAGAGUGUUUUCUUUGUUUCCCCAGCCAGCAACGUGUGCUUCUUCGCCAAGUGCCCUUACAUGUGCAAGACGGAGUACGCGGUCUGCGGCCAGCCGCACCUCCUCGAGGGCUCCCUCUCGGCCUUCCUGCCCUCCCUCAACCUGGCCCCCCGCCUCUCCCUGCCCAACCCGUGGAUCCGCUCCUACACCCUGGAUGGAAAAGAAGAGUGGGAGGUGAAUUCCCUGUACUGUGACACGGUGAAGCAGAUCUAUCCGUACAAUAGCAGCAACCGGCUCCUCAAUAUAAUCGACAUGGCCAUAUUCGACUUCCUGAUAGGGAACAUGGACCGCCAUCACUACGAGAUGUUUACCAAGUUUGGAGACGACGGCUUCCUCAUCCACCUGGACAAUGCCAGGGGGUUUGGUCGCCAUUCCCGCGACGAGUUUUCGAUCCUCUCCCCGCUGUCACAGUGCUGCUUGAUCAAGAAGAAAACCCUGCUGCACCUCCAGCUGCUGGCCCGGCCAGACUACCGGCUCAGCGACGUCAUGCGGGAGUCUCUGCUUGAAGACCAGCUGACCCCCGUCCUCAGCGAGCCCCACCUCCUCGCCCUGGACAGGCGGCUGCAGCACGUCCUCCGGACCGUGGAGGGGUGCGUCCGGAUCCACGGCGAGCGGAGCGUGGUGGCCGGCGAACCGCUGGACGAGCCCCCGCCCGCCCCCCACCCGCCCGCCAGCUAGGGCCGGAGGCGGGCGCGGAGAGACCGUGUUGAGGGAAGAGGGGGGCAGAGGAUGUCCGCGCUGAUCUUCUCACCACCGCCCACUUCCUCCUUUCAGCUCCCUGUAGUUCCCAGGGGCCCGUCGGGAGCCUCCAUCGGGGACCCGAGGGCGGUCUCGGUCGGUCCGGGGAGUCCCACCGAGUCUGAAAUCCUCCCCCGUGGGCGACGAUCCCGCGGCAGUAGCCCUCCCGAGCGGCCGGGCUCCCCGCUCCCACCCCGCAGCAGGGAGAGCGAUUGGUACGGGUCAGCCGGCCUCCCGUAGGGACCGGGAGGGGCCGGGACCCCGGAGCCGGGUCCUUGCCCCAAAUAAGACAAAGCGCAUCGGAGACGAGGACGAGGGAGCGAAAGGCCGCGGCCUCCCGUCCCGACCCGGGAGUCGAGGACGGACUCUUCUUCCCCCGGACGAAGCCGAGGGGCCCGAUUGCCGGAGCGGGCCUCUCCUGCGGCGGGGGCUCGCCCGGCCCGAGAGUCGAGGUGUCUCGACCUCCAAAGAACGUUUCUGCUCAAGUUGUCCCCCGCGAGGUCUCUGGAGGCUGUACUCCGAAAAAGCCGGGUGGUGGUGAGGGGCAAAGAUUAGAUGCCGAGAAGUCUUGAGAGGGGCAAAGUCCCCAGCGAGCGGGUCAGGGGGCACUCCAGGGGCCGGUCUCUCCUCAGCCCCCCCCCGACCCAGCCUUGCAGAGAGCCCGUUUCCCGCUCUGACCGUUUCCUUUGCACGGAGGAAGCGCUGACACCCCUCGCUCUUCCGUAAGUUAAAUCUCGCUUGGUGGAUCGGCUCAGGAGAUGUCUACACGGCACGGAGUCGAGCGAAGGUUUGUCAGAUUCUCUCCCAAACUGGAUCGCCGUAAGUGUCCCCAAUUGUCUUUCAGGCCUCAAACCGGCUGACUGGUAGGUCAUUUCACUUUCAGCUGGGCACCCACGGCGGGGUCCCCCACUCGAUCACCUCGUCUACCGACUUGGGGGGCACGGGAUCACUGGUACACGGGUGCCAUCUCUGAGCCACACCCUCACAAACCGGGCCGCACGGUUUCAGGGAUUAGAGGGAUCCCUCCAGUCGGACCCGGGGGCCGGGUCCCAUCCCCGCGGCACUGCGGGCCGCCCCCUCACCCCCCCACCCUCCCCUCACUGCUCACUCCCUCAUCCCCCGCCCCCUCCCACGAGCUCAGAGGACCGAUUACUGCUCGGGAUACUGGUUUGGGCCGAGCCAGCGCGCACACCCGUGGGACGGGAGAGGGCGGGAUCCUUGUCUAAAAAGGAAAGAGGGGGAAGGGCCCCAUAGUUAUUUGACAUGGACUCCCAGUCUCACCCAUCCCGAAUCUCGGCCGAGGCCCGAGAUUCUCGGGAAGCAGCGUGGCUCAGUGGAAAGAGCACGGGAUUUGGAGUCAGAGUU